AUGGGUAGUUACUAUGGGUAUGGUCGCGGCCAAGUGUGGAACGCGCCAACAAUCCCACAAGCUCCAACCUUCAAGGGAUCGACAAAGUCGGAGCGACGCGUUUUUAUGCGCGAGUACCAAAAUGCCGAAUGGAUCGCGUGGUUUCACGCGGCAUUCGAAGAAGAUCCCCAAGAUCUGGACGACCUGAAAAAGCGACUUGUGGCCGCUAUCCGAUUUAACAUGAAGACUUUGGACGCCGAGUCCAGAGUUGGUCGUAUGCUGGACGACCUUGUGCGUGUGUUGGAGCAAGAUCACCAAGAAUGGGUGCUCCACCAAGAGGGCAAGAUUGCGGUGUACAAGCAGUUACAUCUUCACCGAAACAAGGACUUGAAAAGCGGUGUAUUUCGUUUUGUCAACUGGCUCCGACGGUUUUCCGCUGGUUUCCAGCUGAAUUUCGGUCUAGAAAAAGCAACGGCUGAUCCGCAUGCAUCGAAAACGGGUGGUGAAAGAGGCAUCCGCGGCAGAAGAAGUGAUGGCGGCAGUCGCAGUGACGGGCGUCGUGACGGCGGCACGAGGAACGCCCUGAAGGCGCAUCCAGUAGAGAAACCAGAUGCCUCGGGCGACAAGGACGAAGUGGUGCAGAAGAUGCAGCCCGGGGGAUGCUUGAAGUGCGCUUCUGUUGACGCGUUCGUCAAGAAGCGCCAAGGCCAGAUCAACGUGCUGGCCGCCAAGUCUAAUCGCCGAGCUACGAACCGCGUUGCCUUGGUAGAAGACUCUGUCCGAGUCGAGAAUAUCUUGCUCGACUCGGGGGCGGAUGUGAACGUCGUUUUGCGCGGUGUUACAAAAGCAUUGACAGCGGCAGCCGUCCCUCUAGAAAUCGUGGUACAAGACAAGCCACAGCUGGUCUUCCACUAUGGAGAGACGGCUGCACCGCAGAAAAUGUCGCGACGCGCCGCGUUCGGCAAGUUAACCCUCGAUACGGCGUGCGGUCCGCUUGUCCUCCGUGGCCUGAAGGCCUGGGUCGACUACACGGCCUCAUCGAUCGAUCUAAUCAUCAGUCGUCCCGUCAUGGAAUUCCUCGGUUUCUCUAUGGACGACCUGCUCGUCGAAGCGCGGCAGCAGAAAUCGGAGUGGGAUGUGUCUGAUGGCGUGGACAUCCCCUAUUCCAACAUGGCGCGUGUGACGCGCCUAAUGGCCGAAAUCAUGAACUCGACGAUUGUCGAGGACAACGAAGAGGCACGUCGCGAGAGGCGCGACAGUGUGCUUAAGGUGCAAAUGGCCAAAGCGGGCGAAGCUCAAGGGCGUGGGCUCGACGCCAAGGACUUGCAUCGCCUGACGUCGAGUUUACGGAACCACGUCGACGUGUUCCGUGAAGACCUUGGUAAUGAAUCGUCUGUGAAGGUAGAGCCCUUGAAGAUGCGGAUCAAACCCAACGUGAGGCCGGUAAAGUGUGGCAUGCGACGAUAUCCACCAGCGCACGUCGAGUACAUGCGCGAACAUGUCGAAGCGCUGGAAGCGGACGGUAUGGUGUACAAGAACAGCCGGUCAACGUGGGCCUUGGCGCCCCGCAUCGUGCCGAAGAAAGACGCAGGCGCGCUGCGAAGGACGACUGAUACGCACUCGUUUGUCUCGAAGGAACGUGUGUCUACUUCACCUUGGACUGGACCAAAGGCUGGGCCGCCUGCGGCGUCGAACGAAGGAGCGGUCGUGGCGCCCGAGGCGUACGCUCGAGCGUACAACUGUGGUUGCGUGCGCCUUCGCGGGGGUCGCCUUUUCCGCGACGACGUAGUCGACGACGACGACCUUCGCUUUGGGCGCCUUGCUGCAGUCCGCGCCGGUCUCCACGCCGGCGGCUCCCCCCUCUGGGCGGCUGGCGGUCGGGCGCCCAUCGUGGGUGGUCAAUUUGUCGCGGCGGGGCAUGGCAACCGCUGGGUCGCCGGAGGUGCUGCUCCGCGGGGAAUCCAGUGGGCUGCCACGGGAAAGUUGGCGGACAUCCGAGCCCGCCCUGCGAUGAUGGACGACGUCAUCACGGACAACGCCGCUCCAGUCGUGGCUCCAGACAACGUCGCCCCCGUCGCCGACGACACGACCAGCCCACGCCAGUUGACCGAGUACGAAAGCGCGGACUACGAGAGCGACGAAUUCGCCUAG